CUGUGCAGGAGCCCAUCAUCUUGCGCCGUUGGAGAGCGCAUCACAGCAUCGAGCUUCGCUCAAAGGCGCUACUUGCCAUGCCUGCGCACUGCCAUCGCCGCAUCUAAUACCGCUACCGUCAAAAUUGCCUGCCUCUUGAGGACCCACUAGGCACGGCGGCGCCGUCGUGACUACCGCGCCCUCAAUUGAAUUCACGGAAGCACAAUGCCUGCCAAGCGCAAACGGGACAUCCUCGAUUUCGACGUCAACAAGUCCGACUCUGACGACGAAAACUUUGAGCCGGGUCUCGAGAGGGAGGAAAAGCCUCGCCGCACUGCCGGCAAACGAUCCCGCCCUGCCAAGGGAAGGCCUCCCGGAAGGCGACGAGACCGAUACGGCGGCUCUGACAUCGACGACGACGACGAAGACAUCAUCGAGGAUAGCGAGCCCGAUUACGACGACGACGACGAGGACGACGACGACGAGGACGCGCCCGUGAAUGCAACUGGACGUCGCAUGAGGAAGGUUGCAGCUCAGCAGCACAACUACAAGGAGAAGGAGACCAGCGAGGAGGAAGCAGAUACAUCUCCAGAAGACGACGACGACGACGAACUCGCUCCGAAAAAGAAGAAACCAAGCCAACGCGAAUCCAGGCCGUCAAGAAUUGUCACUCUGAAGACCAACCCCAAGAUUUUGCGGAGCGCCGGGGCACAGAAUAUGGAGCCUCCUACCCCGGGGGUCUCGACGCGGCGGACGCGCGCGCGCACGGAGGAAGUGGAGGAGUUUGUCGAGCUUUCCAACUCUGGUAAACACGCUCGGUCUACCAGGGCAGGCACCAGGAGUAGAAGUCCCGAGGCUUUCUCCCGGACUGCUAGGGCCACCAAGGGUCUGAAAGGUCUUAAGAAACUCCCGCCACCCAUCGAGGAAGUCACACAGGAAAGUAGCGUACCUGAUCCACCGCAGCCGGAGGAGCUCACGCCCAGGCCAGAUGGCGAAUCCUCGGGUGAUAAUGAGGGUGACCAGCUUGGUGCUGAAUCUGUUCAGGACUCGGGAGUCGAGGCAGCGGGCGGUGGGAGUGGCUCAGGUGACGCAGAUGCGGCCGAGGGCCCCGGAGAGGAAACCCAAGAAAUCAUGCAAUCGGCAGAAGCAACAGAGGAAGUCGCAGCAGCCGCGGUCGCGGAUGAAGAUGACGAGGAAGACGACGACGACGACGCACCCGUCACACGGCGCACAAGGGCCUCGAGGGCCGCCAAAGUUGCCCACGAGGCUGACGAUGAGGUCGAGGAGGCAAGUGAGAACGCGGCGCCGGGUAGACGGCUGACGCGGCGUGCUCUACGCCAGAAGAAGUCGACACAAGAGCCCAGCAGCGACUUCGACCCGGGUGAGGAUGACGAGUCAGGCGAGGGCGAAGGCUCUGCCUGGGAUGCCUCAUCGCGCAAGGGCCGCCAGGCCCGCGCCGAGCCACAAGACGACGACGACGACGAGGACUACUCGGGCCAACCUUCACGCGGAAGACGGACGUCUCAAGCCAAGAGGACGAAGAAGCGCGUGGGCAAGGACUCGGGAGACGAGGAGGUGGAGCUGAACCAAGACGAGAUGCUCGAAGAGCUGGAAGAACUUAGGCAGAGCUCCAAGUCUCGGCGGCGUCGGCGUUCGCCAUCGAUAGCAUACGAGCAGCCCCUUCCAAAGAGGCGACGUACUGCGGUGGACUACUCCAUCAAGCCUCUGGACCAACUCAUGGACCAGGAGGAGGAGGAAGAUGCGGCACCCACGCAAGCGAAAGGACGACGUGGCGGGCGAGCGGGGGGCAGCACUACAUGGCAGCGCAGCUUCGCAGCGACGUACGGCCCAUUCGGCGGUGGCGGUGGAGCUGGAUCACUCCUGGGCGGACCCUGGGGCACGGGAGCGACAGGCGGGGUGGAGGAGGACAGCAGCGACGACGAGGCAGCAGCAGUGGCUCGUGCGGGGGUCGGAGGCGCGGUGGGCAUGACACCGACAACGGCAACGGGACCGGGCUUCGGGCAGGCAGCAGGCGGGCAGGAUGGCGCGGGCGGAGUGACGGCGACGCCGAACCUGGGCAAGGUUAAGAACCAAAAGGCGUUCGCGGACGCGGACCCGCUCGGGGUCGACCUCACGGUGGACUUCAGCAAGGUGGGCGGGCUGCAGGGGCACAUCGACCAGCUGAAGGAGAUGAUCAUGCUGCCGCUGCUGUACCCGGAGCUGUUCCUCAAGUACAAGGUGACGCCGCCGCGCGGAGUUUUGUUCCACGGCCCGCCGGGCACGGGAAAGACUCUGUUGGCGCGCGCGCUGUCCAACGCGGUGGGCAUCGGUGGGCGCAAGAUCACUUUCUACAUGCGCAAGGGCGCCGACGCGCUGAGCAAGUGGGUGGGCGAGGCGGAGAAGCAGCUGCGGCUGCUCUUCGAGGAGGCGCGUCGCACACAACCCAGCAUCAUCUUCUUCGACGAGAUCGACGGCCUGGCACCGGUGCGCUCUAGCAAGCAGGAGCAGAUCCAUGCCAGCAUUGUGUCGACGCUGCUGGCGCUGAUGGACGGCAUGGACGGGCGCGGCCAGGUCAUCGUCAUCGGCGCCACCAACAGGCCCGACAGUGUAGACCCGGCACUGCGGCGGCCUGGCCGCUUCGACCGCGAGUUUUACUUCCCGCUGCCCGACCUCGAAGGCCGUCGCGCCAUCCUCGAUAUCCACACCAAGGACUGGGGCCUGUCACCCGAGUUCCGCGACACUCUGGCGCGGCGCACCAAGGGCUACGGCGGCGCUGACCUCCGUGCGCUGUGCACAGAAGCGGCGCUCAACUCGAUCCAGCGCACGUAUCCGCAGAUCUACUCGUCGACCGACAAGCUCAUCGUCGACCCGGAGCGCAUCGCCGUGCAUGCCACCGACUUCAUCAUCUCCAUCAACAAGAUGGUGCCGUCGUCAGAGCGGUCGGCGUCGUCGGCCGCCGCACCACUGCCGCCGAGCGUCGAGCCGCUGCUCCGCCAGCAACUGGCGGGCCUCACGCGCGCGCUGGACCAGAUCCUGCCGCGCAAGAAGAAGGCCACGGCGCUCGAGGAGGCCAUGUUUGAGCCAUACGAAGACGAAGACGACGGCUUCGGACGCGAGAAUCUGGGCCAGGAGAUGGACCGUCUGCGCGUCUUCCGGCCGCGGCUGCUUGUGUCAGGCCUGCCGGGCAUGGGUCAGGAGUAUGUCUCGGCUGCUAUGCUGCACCAUCUUGAGGGCGUCUUUGUGCAGAACUUCGACCUGGCCACGUUGCUGGGCGACCUGGCACCCAUGGAGCAGGUCAUUGUCAGGCUCUUCACUGAGGUCAAGCGCCACCGGCCCGCCGUCAUGUUCGUGCCCAACGUAGCGGCCUGGUACGCAACCAUUACCGAAUCGGCCUACCGCACUUUUGUCACCAUGCUGCGGUCGAUCCCUGCGACAGACCCGGUGCUGCUGCUAGGCACGUCCGAGUGCGAGUUGUCAGAGCUACCAGACAUGCUGGUCAAGGAUCUCUUUGGGUUUUCUAGGAAAAACCACAGAGAGAUAGCGCGACCGAACCCCGAAAACCGGCGCGAGUUCUUCACAAAAAUCAUCUCGCGGGUGCAGCUGUCGCCCGCAGACUUCCCAGAUCCGGCGAACCGCAAAAAGAGGGUGCUGGAGGAGCUGCCAGUGGCGCCGCCGCCGCCGCCACGCAAGCGCACGCGCGAGGAGAUGCAGAAGGAGCGGCACACGGACCAGAUCGCGCUCAACCACCUCAAGCUUGCGCUGCAGCCCAUCAUGGACCAGAUCAAGCAGAAGUACCGCAAAUUCCGCAACUCGGUGAUACCCAUACAACAGAUCGAGUACCUCUGGCAGGAGGCCGACCCAGCCUACGUGCGCGCCGAUCUGGACUCGGACUCGCUGGUGCGGCCCUACGUCAUCGACCGCGACAAGAACGGCGUCGAGGGCCUGCGCGAAGUCGCGAGCGGCCGCUUCUUUUACAAUCUGGAUGUUGCCACCAUCGAGGAGCGCUUGUCAAACGGCUACUACGCCCGCCCGGGCGACUUCUUCAACGACAUCGAGUCGCUGGCCAAGGAUGCUAGAAACAUCGGUGACCGCGAACGUACCCUGAAGGCAAAUGAGCUCGUCAGCAACGUCCGCGUCGACGUGCACGAGAUCGCCACUAGGAUGCACUACAUCGACUUCAAUGCCCUCCACGAGCGUCAGAAGCAGCGCGCCCUAGAGGCCGAGGAAAAGCGCAAGAAGCGCGAGGCCCUGCAGAAGGUCGUCGACCUGACCCAGGCCGAGAUUGUCGCCGAGGACGCCGCCGGCCCCGUUACCAUCGGCGCGCCGGUGCCCGGCGGCGGAACUACGACGACGAGCGCCCGCUUUCGCGUCAUGAGCCCGGCGGCGGACGGCUCGACGGCGGCCAGCUCUCAGCAGCCGCCCAGCGGCCUCAGCAACGGCAACUCGAUGCCCUCGCGCGCCGGCCCCGAUGUGGUCAUGGGCGGCACUGGCGUCGGCCGCGACGACAACGAAGACGCCGCGGCGAACAACCACGCGACCGGCCCCGACCAGAGGCCUGUCCACAUGAGACCGCCGCCGCCGCACGGUCAGUGGCCAGCUAGGAUACAUGCCGGGCAUACACUGCAGUAUACAGCCAUUUCUCAGGUCUCGGUGAUAACGACAGUGCCACCCGGCGUGUCGCCCUCGGCCAUGCUCAACGACGCGUCGACCACAGGGUCGGCCGAGGUGUCUAGCAUCAGCAACCGGUCGUCCCUGGGGGGCCGCUGGGAUCGGCUGUCGCAGGGCACCAACGGUGCCGCACCCGCGUCGGGCCAGGGCUCGAGCGGCCACAGCAACUCCCAAAUGCCCGACACGCAAUCUCUGGGCGGACCUAGCCAGUCGACGUCGAGCGAGUCGCAGUGGGCGCACUCGCAGGCGCAGGCCAUGGCCCGCGGCGAGCUCGGCCCUCGCAGUCACGGCAGCGGCCAUCACGGCGACCCCAACGGGCCGGCCAGCCCGACAUCGUCGCAGCACGCGCGGCGGGGCUCGCUGCUCGGCGUGUCGUCGUUGUCAUCGCGGCGCGGCACCGUCAGCCUGCUCAACGAGACGGGCGACGACUCGCACUCGUCGUCGUCGCUGGCGCGCGUGUCGGCGACCUCGUCACAGGGCCCCGUGCUCGACGAGGUGCAGCUGCAGCAGUUCCUGGGGAGCCUGACCAACCGCACGUCGGGCUGUACCGUCGAGCAGCUCGAGCAGAUCAACCGCGAGCUCAUGGACGAGGUGUGGACCACGCGCCACGAGUGGAAUCGUAAUAAGGUCCUUGGCCGCCUGACCUCGGUCUAUAACGAGACCAUCCAGGACAUCGAGGAGGUUCAGGGUACCUUCCCCAACACGCAAGAGGAGGCAACAUCGAGAACCCACCGUGAAUACGGUGCCGUCUGAGCUGUUGCUUUGCCGUAUUUCACCCUGUAUUUUUGCGUACCGUGGAGUCGGGUUAGAUGCGCUCCUUUUUCUCUACACCUGGCUCGCCCUCUUUGGCUCUCCUAAACCUUUCCACCGCACUGACAGAUUUCCCGCUUUGUCUGUAUCCCCAAUUCCCCUUUUCUUCUUUCCACCUUUUCGCGGAUUCCAUGCACAACGAAAGCGGGCACGCCUAUGCUUGGACUGCGAGGAAACACAUGCCGCCCACGCGUAAUCCAUGACGACUGGACGCGUUGUUUCCUACUUUUCCUUCGAUUCCUUGUAGCCAUCUGUUUUCACUGUAUUCGACUUGGUGUUGUUACCACCGCAAGCCAAGCUUUUUCUUUUCUUUUCUUUAUCAUGGACGUGCCUGCUCGGCUUAAUAGGGAUCAUGGCGGCGCUCUUUUCUCACCUUUUCUUUUUCCUUUUUUUUUUUUGCGUCACCUUUGUGUGUUUGCGUCGCAAAAACCACGGGGGGCCCCUCUCUUUUUAUUCCCAAAACCAUCUCGUUCUUCCUUUUUCGAAUUCCCAAGAUAGGAUUCUGAUAGAAUGAGAAAUGUGUUCAGGCUAG